UUGCUUUUUAAAAGCUUAGUAUAUGCUUGUAAUUAUCAGAAGCGGGUAGUGAAGUAAUUUUAUCUGAAUCAUUUUAAAAGAAUUGUUUAGAAAAAUUCCUAGAAAUUUUUAAAAAUGAACUUAAUCACAGAUAAGGCCUGUUUUAACAUAAGCCUACGAAAUGCCUGCCUCAGCAUAGCUAUAUUUUUUCUGGUCUCGAUAGUAUUCGGUGUAAUCUUUAAUCCGGGAUAUUUAAGUUACAGUACAACAUUAAUCGGCUUUAUUAUUGAAUUGAUUGGAAAUUUGGCACUUCUUUUUGGUGUUCUUUGGAUAAAUCAUUGGCUAGUGCUGGUAUGGUUGAUCAAUGCGAUAUUUUUCUUCAUUGGUUGGCCCAUUGCUAUUCUGGGAGUUAUAUUCAAUUUUGGCUAUUAUCGGGCUGCAGCUAUGUUUGAUAAUGUUUUUCUUAUUCUAAUCGAAUACACUAUCAUCUUAGUUAUCUUUGCGUACUGUACCCACCUCGUGUACUCCUACUAUCAUGAACUGAGAAAUAAGCAAUCAAACCCGCAGCACUCCGUUGUAGUUUAGUGGUUGCAAGUACAUAUAAGAGUACGUAUAAUUUACGCUUUCUAAUUUAACUUAAGUUUUUGAAAAUUGUAUACUUAAUUGUUUAUUAAAUAAAACUAUGUAAACCCUAUA